AUGCUCCCUCUCAUGGUGAUACCUAUAACUCACAAGACGAGCUCUAUUACCUUUGCCGUAGUGGAAGAGGACUCCCUCAUAUGGGAUCAUGCUCUGGCGGCAUCCAAAAUGUUGGGCAUCUUGUCUAGUUGGACAUUGCUAAGUCGUUUGAGCUCAGCGCAAAUGAUGAAGUUGGCCAUGCUCUUCAUGGCUGGUGUCCAUAUCCGAGCUCUAUUAGGUCUAGCUUUAAAUUCUAAGAAGGUGGCCACUAGACUUGUGAAUGCCAAGUGGAAAUUGGAAGAUCAGGCUUCCCAGAUCGAAUCCUUAAGGAUAUUUGAGAAAUCUUUGGUGGAUGAGUUGAAGCAGAAAAAGGCUGAGCUGAGUGCUUUGGUCAGCAUAGCCAACAUCAACAAGGCUGAAAAGGAGAAAACCGAGAAGGAGAGGGAUAAGGCCACCUGGGUGUCCAUCGAGCUAAAAUAG